CAUUUCUUCAUAUAUGGGAUUGUGGUGGUCAGCCAGUGUUCCUUGAGAUUCUCCCAGCCUUCCUCACUCCUCGUACAAUGUUUCUCCUCCUGUUUGAUGCUUCAAAGGAUUUCAGGGAAAAAUGGCAGUCACGUCAGAAUACUCCUGAUGGUAAAGUGCUGUUUGGUGAGGUAGUGAAUGAAAGCACGAGUGAUCUAAUGGCCAAAUGGAUGUCUACAAUACACAGUCACCUCAUGAAGCACAACAAAGAUGGUGCCUCUUCUUCUAGUCUCUAUUGUAUUGGCACUUGUGGUGACAAGCUAAAUUCAGAAAGCAAGAAAGAAGUAAAGCGACAAAUCCAGUCCCUGUAUAGGGAGAAAGAGUUCUUAGAUCUCAUUAAAGAUGUGCUAAUCAUUGAUAAUACAACCUCAGGCAGGGGAGAAGAAGAAGAUCCAAGCAUUACAGAAUUACGUAAAGCUAUUGAUGGCUUUAUCAAUACAUUAGUUGUUCCAACCCCUGUCAAUUGGGUUCUCUUUCGCAAAGUUCUUCAAGAGAUAAAGCAGAGUGUCAUUAGUGUAUCUGAUGCUAUUGCCAUUGGAGUGGCAUGUCAUAUACCAGCAGCUGAUGUUCCUGAAGUAUUGAAAUUCUACCAUGAGCUGGGAGUUCUGCUUUACUAUCCUCGAAUAGAAGGUCUAAAGAAUAAAGUCAUUCUCAGUCCAAAAUGGUUUGUUGAUACCAUUGGGAAGGUGUUCACACUGGAAGGUUGUGAAAAAGGAAUAAAUUGGCAGAAGUUGUUACAAGAUAAAGGUAUUCUUGUUCAACCACUUUAUAAAGAAGUAUGGCAGUCAAGUGGUAUUGGUCCAGAGGGAAUAAUUGAACUUUUAGUUCAUUUUCGUCUUGCAGUUCCAGUUCAAACUGAGCUUUAUGAAAGCAGAUUCAAGCAGUAUUUUCUUCCAGCAGUGCUACCAGGAUACACAGGUGACCCUAAUGAAGUACGACCUGGUUAUAAGCUAAGAGCCUCACCUGUACACAUUACAUUCUCCACUGGGUAUGUACCUCCUGGCUUCUUCACUCGUUUAGCAACUGCUAUUGCUACUAAUUCCAGUGUUCAGCUCAAUUUUGAUAAUGUCUAUGCAGCACCUGCCACUCCUGGUUUUUUGGAUCGAUUAGCUACUGCCAUGAAGCUACGCUCUAAAAUUGAGAGAAAAAGUAUCUAUCGUAAUCGUGUCUGCUUCUCUUAUGGUCAUCCUUCUGAUGAUUUUGUUCUCACUGAUAUUAAUGAAGCUAUUCAAGCUGAUGUGUUGAGAUAUGUUCCUGAGAGUAGGCAUCUAGUUCCUUUCAAAACAGUUUGUCAAAAUAUAUUAAAAUUGCUAAAAAAAUGUUGUGAUGAAGUAGAAAACACCCUUUAUGGUUAUCAUGGGCAUGAUAGUGCUCAAUCAUCGUUAAGAAAGGUUCGCUACAUUUGUGAGUGUGAGUCUUCCAGUUCCAAUGAGGUUCAUUACAUUAAAGUUGAUGCUGAGAAGCAAACUUGCUCUGAUCCUGUUCAUUGUCACAAAGUUAGACGUACUCGCUCCCUCACUCAAAGAGAAUCAGUGUGGUUUGAAGGAGAAUUUAAAGAUAAGCGGUCCUUUUUAAAAUAUCUUUUUUCUGGAGUUGGUCUUUUUUCUUUGAUUAUUUUAUUGAUGCUUAUUGGAUUUUUAUUCACUGGUCUAGUUAAUAUUAAUUUAACUACAGCAGAUAAAGAAAAUAUCUUGACAAUUAGUGACUUGCGAGAAGUAUUAGAUGCACUGAAUGAUGGGUACUUUCCUAGUAACAAGUGGUUUCAGCUUGGAUUGUCCUUGGGUCUGUCAAAUCCAAAGUUAGAAACAAUUGAAGACAAUUAUCCAAAGAACAAUAAAAGAUGCCUUCAAAAUUGUCUGACAUUAUGGCUGAAAGAGAAUAUUGAAGCAACAUGGAGCAAAUUAGCUGAUGCUGUUGAUAACACUGGAGAAAAAGCUAUUGCAGCUUAUAUAAGAAUAAGAAAAGUACAGAGCAAAAGUGAACUGUAGCAUCUCCCCAAAAUUACAAUGACACAUGCAGAUUACAUUUUAGUAUUCAAACUACAUGUACACAUAGAUUAUUUGAUUGAAUGCACACAAAAAUCUAUACCAACAUUUAUUAGUACAACCAUGCAACCUUCAUGCUAGUUUGUAAUGAAUUAUUUUUUUAUUAAAAUAAAGAAAAAUGUUUGCCCA